AUGAUUCCAAUAAUCUGUCUGGCGAUGCUUCUCCCCGAAGCAGUGGCUCAUUCAGCUCAGGGUCAAUUCGCCCACAAGCUCCUGAACGAUUUGAUGGAGAGUUAUUCCAGCGCACUGCGUCCUGUGGAGGACACAGACAGAGCGCUCAACGUCACCUUACAGAUCACCCUCUCUCAGAUCAAAGACAUGGAUGAGAGGAACCAGGUACUGAUUGCCUACCUGUGGAUCCGGCAGACAUGGCAUGAUGCUUACCUCAGGUGGAAUAAAGAAGACUAUGACGGACUGGAGGUGAUCCACAUACCCAGCAGCCUGGUGUGGAGGCCCGACCUCGUCCUCUAUAACAAAGCUGACGAUGAUUUCUCAGGACCGAUGGACACCAACGUGAGAUUGCGCUACAAUGGAGAGAUCACCUGGGAUGCUCCUGCCAUCACCAAGAGCUCCUGUGUGGUGGAUGUCUCCUACUUCCCCUUUGACAGCCAGGAAUGUAAACUGACGUUCGGCUCAUGGACAUACAAUGGCAACCAGGUAGACAUAUUUAUGGGCAUGGACAGCGGUGACCUGUCUGACUUUGUGGAGAAUGUGGAGUGGGAGUGUCAUGGCAUGCCUGCCACUAAGAAUGUAAUAAUGUAUGGCUGCUGCUCGGACCCGUACCCAGACAUUACCUACACAGUGCUCCUUCAGCGCCGCUCCUCCUUUUACAUCUUCAACCUCCUCCUUCCAUGCUUCCUCAUCUCCUUCUUGGCUCCUCUGGGUUUCUACCUGCCUGCGGACUCUGGAGAGAAAGUUUCCCUCGGAGUUACAGUUCUUCUGGCUCUCACUGUGUUCCAGCUAAUGGUGGCUGAGAGCAUGCCUCCAUCUGAGAGUGUGCCCCUUAUAGGAAAGUACUAUAUCGCCACUAUGACCAUGGUCACAGCCUCCACAUCUCUCACCAUCUUUAUCAUGAAUAUUCACUUCUGCGGUGCCGAGGCUAAACCAGUCCCCCACUGGGCAAAAGUCCUCAUCAUUGACUACAUGUCCAAGAUUUUCUGUGUUUAUGAGGUGGGUGAGAACUGCGCCUCUGCCUCCUCGUCCUCUUCUUCAUCUUUUCACUCCCCCCAGGAUGAUGUCCGUUACCAGCACCACAGCUCCCACAUUCAAGCGAAUGGUAAACCAGGGAACAAUGCUAGCAAACAAGACUGGAAAAGUCCAAAAUACCCCAGACCCCAGACCCCUAAGCUACAGCACCAUAGAGUGAGAGCCCAGCACCACAUCACCAGAGAGGAGAAGAACCACCUCUCCAACUCUGCACCUGGCAAAUAUGAAGGCUCUAACGGGAAGAUCCCAACAAGCGACUGUUGCAAAGAAGACCAGAAAGUCCCCGGUUACUUUGAAGACCAAAAGCUUCCCUGUUGCCCUGAAGACAAAAAGCCUCUACCUCCAGGUCCCACUGUUACAUUCGGCCCCUGUGUGUUUUGUAGCUAUGGCAGCGGCAUCCCUGGUGUGGACACCAAGCUCGUGCGCAAUGUCGAGUAUAUCGCCAACUGUUUCCGAGAGCAAAGGGCCACAUGCGCCAAAGGAGCAGAAUGGAAGAAGAUUGCUAAAGUAAUGGACAGAUUCUUCAUGUGGAUCUUCUUCAUUAUGGUGUUCCUCAUGAGCAUCCUCAUCAUUGGCAAGGCACCUUGAUUGAUCAGUGAUGCUUCUGAGUUUUUUUCUUUUAUUUGACCGAGUGAACUGCAUUUGGACACUUGAGGUCAAAGGGACUAUUUUGUGCUUUGUAAACAGGAUGUACUUGGAAACAUGUGUUUUUUUGUCUUACUUAAUUAUCAUAUAAUAAUCAUUAUAAAUAACAGAUAAAAAAGUAAAUAUAUUUGAAAUUGAUAGCAAUGUCAAAUUCAGUAUGCAAUAGCAUCUUUUUGAAUCCUUAAUAUUUGCAAAAUGUAAACGCUGAGGCCCAUCUCUCUCUGCUGCCUCUGCAUACUUUUCCACAUUUGCUUUUAUAGAUAGCCCACUGCAUAUUGGAAGGUUUUUCAUCACCUCACCACUGAAUAUAGUUCAGGGUAAGUCUAAUUCACUACUGUGAAAUCAGAUGCCUGGGGGCUCAGACAGCCAGGGUCAGCGCAUGCCCAGAUCUGCAAAAUAUUUUUUUGGUUCAAAAUCAUCCAUUAAAUAGUUCAUGAGCAAGCUUUGUUUGUAGCGCAGCCAGGGGAGUGAGGAUGUAAGGUAAUAUGCUCCAUCAAUAAUGUAGCACUAGGAGCACACUCUGACAUCCCCCAUACCUUGAACUUGGAAAGUCAAGUGCAUGUGUCUGUGUGUCUGUGUGUGCCUUCAUACACAAGUUUAGAGGAAUGGAUCAGGAUGUAAAACUCUUAGAAAGGAAAGAAUCCUCAUGGUGUUGACUCCAGAGGUGAAGCUUUAAGGCAUUAGACUUCAUUUAAGUAUGUCAUCUUUUGUCGCUGACGAAAGUAGACUUCGUAUUGAAAUGCUGCACUAUUUGUAAAACAUAAAUUACAUUUAUGAAUACAAACUAGUACUAAAGAUGUAUCAACACAAUAUCUUUACAUUAUAAACAGAAAGAUACAACCUAAAACAACAACGAUAUGAAAACUAUAUUUAUACACCAAUAUUCUGCAAAACUGCAGGACAGCAUUCCUCAUAAUAAGAACUAUAACUUUUAAUAUUUAACUAUGGUAACAGUUGGCUGAUAACAUUUUCACAUAAUCACUUAAUAGAAAUCUUGCAAAAUUAUCCUUUUUUUUGCUCAAAGUCUCACUUAAAGAAACAGGAAUCUUUAAAAAGUGUUUAACACAAUAUGCAUUAAGUUUAUCUUAGGAAGUCUAAGUCAUUUCUUGACCCGGAAGGACAAUUAGCUUUAUUUAAAUGUUACUUAAAAUGCUACUCAAAGCAGCAGGAUGGUGAAUGUGACACAGACUCAAAAUAAUCUAGUUCACAUUGUGUUCAUUGUGAUGAAUUAUUAUGUCAAUAAUUGAUGAGUGUUGCUUGUUGUUUUAUUUCACAUAAGACUCCACUUUAUUAGACUCCAACUACAAAGAGAAGCAGUAUCAUUUGGUCAGGGGGACCAUUUGUUCAUUGUUUUUUUUUUCAUGGGAUUUGUUUUCAUUAUGGAAAUUAUAAAUUAAGGAUGUUAUUACUUCUUCCACCACUGUAGAACGCUAAAAAUGUAUUUUCCUCCUUUUCUAUAGCCUUUGCUUUUAUUAACACUUUGGUGGAGUCAAA